GGCUCCUCUGCGCAGGAGAGAAGAGAAGCGCGCUCACGAUCAGCCGCAUAUAACGGAGCCGCUCUUAAGCAUCAAGUGACUCUACUGCAACUCCACCAAGUACUAUCGAAGUCCACUAAUCUCUCAUACUGAAAGAGGAAAAUGGAAAGAAAAACCUGAUUUCUUUAGGAAAACACAUCAUGGCUGCCCAUCGCAUUCGAACAGCAAACAACACUGUGCUUCCUCGCUGCAAAUCUGAGGGAACACUUAUUGAUCUCAGUCAAGGAGUAUCAGAGGCCACCCUCACAGAUGUUAAAGUGCCUUCACCUAGUGCCUUACGACUGGAUGCAAUCGCCUCAUUUGACUCUGUCAGAGAAGUCAUUGCCAUUAAGGAUUACUGUCCAUCUAGCUUUACCACUCUGAAGUUCUCAAAGGGAGACUGUCUUUAUGUUCUGGAUACAUCUGGUGGAGAGUGGUGGUAUGCGCACAACAGUAAAGAGAUGGGCUAUAUCCCAGCUGCCUACGUCCAACCAAUCAAUUAUCGAGAUUCCUCAUUAAGUGAUAGUGGUAUGAUUGACAGCCUAGGUGAUAUUUCUGUGGGAGCCAAAGAAAUGGAUCUCUCUGAGGAGUGGAAAGGGCCCUCAAAAGCUACAGAAUCUCAAAAUGGAAAUCCUUUGGUUAAUAAACGGAUGUCUACUAAUCCUUUCCUAAAUGAUAUGCUUCAAAGCACAGCUGACCAAAAUGGUAACCAGUAUUCUGCAAGUGUUUUGUUUUUUGAAAAUCUCUCACCACUUAUAUCAAACACCAGCAGCACUCUUAAUAUUAAUGGAUUUGGAAGUGGGCUACUUGACACAAACAGUUUUAGCCCCAACUCAGGGAUAGGUCCAAACCUUCGCAGAGACAAUCCAAUUUUUAAGGGCAAGCGUUGCUAUAGCAUGUCAGAACUGUCUGUCCUGCAGUCCCUGUCUGAUGGACCUCAAGCAUCCUUGAGUUUUUUUGGUGGCAUGAAAUCACCUAAACCUGAGCAUUUUCAGAGUCGAGAGGAUUUCAAAAUGGCAUGGUUAAACCACCGUAAACUUACACGAUCAUGCCAUGAUCUGGACUCAAUAGGACAAAACCCAGGCUGGGGGCAAACCCAGCCCAUAGAGACCAACAUUGUGUGUAAACUGGACAGCUCUGGUGGUGCCAUACAGCUACCAAAUACCAGUAUCUGCAUUCAUGUCCCUGAGGGCCAUGUUGCACCAUGUGACACUCAACAGAUAUCAUUAAAGGCCCUACUGGACCCACCCUUGGAGCUCAACAAUGAUAGAUGUACUACUGUAAGUCCAGUGGUGGAAGUCAAACUCAGUAACAUGGAAACGAAGACCCCUGUCACUUUAGAGAUGAAGGUGUCUGUUGUGGUGAAGAUAGAGAGCCGCAAAACAGCAGAAGUGGUGUGUGUCAGAAGUGGAUGCAAGGAAGGGCCUUAUGUCCCAAUACCACAUGCAUACAUGUAUGGAGACACAGUCCAGGUAACUCUGGACAAUUUAGAGCCAUGCAUGUAUGUGUCUGUGGUUGCUCAAGCCCAGGUGGUGGCCCCUUACAACACAGUUUGGGAGCAUGUUGUAAAAAAGAUCACUCUUGGGGUUUAUGGGCCAAAACACAUUCACCCAUCCUUCAAGGCAGUGGUUGCCAUUUUUGGGCAUGACUGUGCCCCAAAGACAUUGCUAGUGAGUGAUGCAAAAAAGCACUCACAUUCUACUCUACCCGUCAUCCUGCAGCUCUGGGGGAAGCACCAGUUUGUCCUUGCAAAACCUCAAGACCUUCAGGUUGGUGUAUAUUCUAACAUGUCCAAUUUUGAAGUGAGUACUAAUGAACAGGCAAGGACUGUGAGAGGUUUUCAGACCAAACUUGGCAAAGUGGCUAGGAUUGUUUACAUGAUUGCAGCCCGUGAUUCUGCAGACAUCUCAGACUUUACUUUGCGGGUUCAGGUUAAGGAUGAGAAGGACUCCAUCCUUGCCCAAUUCUGUGUUCAGACCCCACCAGCUCUACCAAAGACAAGCACAAGGAACUCUGUACAGAGGCGCUUCCUAAAGAAAAAGGAAGUGAAUAAAAUUGUAUUGUCUCCUCUUGCGUCGAACGUUAAGUACCCCUUGUUUCAGGACAGACUUGUCAAAAGCCUAAAAUUUGCUAAGCUGCUGAAAACUGUUAUAAGACAGUCCAAAAGUCAGUAUUUGCUGGAGUAUCUUAAAGGUGAAGUAGUGGCACUUCUGAGUGAAGAAAGAAUAAAACUUAAAGGACAUUUAUGGACCAAAGACUGGUACAUUGGAUACCAUCAUGGAAGAAUUGGAUUGGUCCAUGCUAAAAACAUUCUUAUCAUGGGAAAAGUGAAACCUCCACAAACCAAAGGGCCUGAUCUUACAACUACAGUACUUUUAGAGCAGAUCCUCAAGCCCUGCAUGUGCCUGACUUACAUCUACGCAUCAGUGCGGACAAUGCUGAUGGAAAACGUGGCGAGUUGGAGAGCUUUUGCUGAUGCCCUGGGCUAUGUCAAUCUGCCUCUGACACACUUCUGUCGGACAGAGCCAGACAGUGAGCCAGAAAAAGUUGCUUCUGUUCUUGAGAGGCUUAAGGAAGACUGCAAUGCAGCUGAGGGCAAGGAGAGGAAGUCUUUCCAGAAGGAACUCAUGAAGGCACUUCUGAAGAUGGACUGUCAGGGCCUGGUGGCACGGCUGGUCAUGGACUUUGUGCUGCUGACCACAGCGGUGGAGGUGGCAGGCCGCUGGAGGGAGCUUGCUGAGAGACUGGCUAAAGUGUCCCGGCAGCAGAUGGAAGCGUAUGAAGCUCCACACAGAGACUGCAGGGGACAGCUGGACAGUGAGGCCAUGUGGAAACCUGCAUAUGACUUCCUGGUCACAUGGGUGGCCCAGGUUGGAGACAGCUAUAGGGAUGUGAUUCAUGAACUUCAUACAGGCUUGGACAAAAUGAAGAACCCCAUCACCAAGCACUGGAGACACAUCACUGGCUCCCUCAUCCUUGUAAACUGCCUGGAUCUCUUACGGAGCUCUGCCUUCAGCACCUCGUCUCAAGAUGACUGUGCCAUUUAAGGAGUACCCUAAUGAUUCUAACUUUUAACAAGUACACCUGAUUUUAGUGUAACUUUAAUAUAUACACUGGCAGCCAAAAGUUUGGAAUAAUGUACAGAUUUUGCUGUUUCAGAAGGAAAUUGGUCCUUUAAUUCACCAAACUGGCAUUCAACUGAUCACAAUGUAUAGGACAUUACUAACGUAAAAAAAAAACAGCACCAUCACUAUUUGAAAAAAGUCAUUUUUUAUCAAAUCUCGUCAUGCCCCAUUUCUAGCAGCCAUCACUCCAACACCUUAUCCUUGAGUAAUCAUGUUAAAUUGCUGAUUUGGUACUAGAAAAUCACUUGCCAUUAUAUCAAACAUAGCUGAAAGCUAUUUGGUUUGUUAAAUUAAGCUUAACAUUGUCUUUGUGUUUGUUUUUGAGUUGACACAGUAUGCAAUAGACUGGCAUGUCUUAAGGUCAAUAUUAGGUCAAAAAAGAAACAGCUUUAUCUAGAAACUCAUCAGUCAAUCAUUGUUUUGAAGAAUCAAGGCUAAACAAUGCUUGAAAUUGCUAAAAAAAAAAAAAAAAAAAGAUUUAUCCAAAGGUGUACACUACAAUCUUCAAAGACACAGGACAACUGGCUCCAACAAGGACAGAAAGAUGUGGAAGGCCAGAUGUACAACUAAACAAGAGGAUAAGUACAUCAGAGUCUCUAGUUUGAGAAAUAGACACCUCACGUGUCCUCAGCUGACAGCUUUUUUGAAUUCUACCCGCUCAAUACCAGUUUCAUGUACAAGAGUAAAGAGAAGACUCAAAUGUGCCGGCCUUAUGGGAAGAAUUUUAAAGAAAAAGCCACUUUUGGAACAGAAAAACAUAAAGAAAAGGUUAGAGUGGGCAAAGAAAGACAUUGGACAACAGAUAAUUGGAAAAGAGUGUUAUGGAUCUUAACCCCAUUUUGUGGGAUCAGCUAGACUGUAAGGUGCGUGAGAAGUGCCUGACAAGACUAUGGCAAGUGCUACAGCAAGUGUGGGGUGAAAUGUCACCUGAGUGUCUGUACAAACUGACCACUAGAAUGCCAAGGAUCUGCAAAGCUGUCAUUGCUGCACAAGGAGGAUUUUUUAUGAGAAAUCUUUGAUAUAGUUCAAGAUGUUCUGAAUUAUUAUUAUUAUUUUUUUUUUCCAAAUUGUAAUAGUAAUUUUUCACAUUAAUGUCCUGACAAUACAUUGUGAUCAGUUGAAUGCCACUUUGUGAAUAAAAGUACCAAUUUCUUCCCAUAAGAGCAAAAUCUGUAUAUUAUUCCAAACUAUUGGCCACCAGUGUAUUUGCUUUCUUAAUUUCACCACUUUACCACAACUUUCUCAUCCCAACCAAAAGUCAUUGUUUAUUAUUAUUAUUAUUACUACUGUUCAAAACAGCUCUUUUUACACCCUUUUAUGUUUGCACAGCAAAUUGUACAUCUAAAUCAUGUGGUUUUAAUACAAAAAAACAAGGGCCUCUAUCGCUUGAAUACUGUAUAUAAACUUGAAUGUGAAUAAGAAAUGACUCUUGUUAAAAAUAAUAAUUUUGUAAUUACUCAAAUGCAAAUCUUAAUGAUUUUAUACUUGUAUUUUUUUUUUUUUUUUUUAUUGCAUCCACAAAAACUGUAUUGUAUUGACUUCCUCAUUUGUUUUGUGACUCCAACACACUGUAGGAUAAAAUUGCAAGAAAAGUUAACAUUUCUUGUCUGAAUUAGGCUGCUGUAUUGUAGUCUGUUGCACUUCUACUAAUAGUUUAAAUUGAUGCUUUUUAAGGGAAAGUAAAAAGUAUUUUCAUGAUAAAGUAAAUAAAAACCUUAUCAACUCAAAUCAAAUAUAGUAGGCUGGCUAAGGCAGAUACAUGAACUGUCACCUGUAAACAUUAAAUAUAAAAAAACACUUACAUUAACGAAUGCGUAAAAUAAAGCAUAUACUCAUCAACUGACACAAGUAAAAACUAAAAAUCUUACCGUUCGGAAAGCUGGAGGCGUGAAGACAGCAUUUGGCUUAGAGAAUUUUUUGAGUUGUGUUCCGACUUAAUUUCAGUAAAUUACGUUAAUUUCCUGAUAAAUGACAAAUGGCGAUUCUGACUGCUUAUAGCUGGUUGUGUUGCUUUUUCACUUGUAUUUAUAAUGGGCGCUAAUAAUUACAAGUAGAAACACAUGUAAACCAAACAUUUUUAAUAGACAAAUUACCUCAGUGAGACGCCAUGAUAUUGAAAUUAUGUACUGCAGUUUUAUGAGCGCCCCCUGCAGGAUACAUUUAUUAGCAGCAUUUUCCAUUCCUCAGGGCCCGGCUGACUUCAUUUAACAUAACAAAAAAAUGUAUUGCAUAUAAAUGUUAUAUUAUGUAAUCAGUACUAAAAAAAAAAAGUGUUAUUAGAAAAUAGGAAAAAAUACUGAAAGCUUGUUGAAAAUACAAUGUCCUAUGUGCUGACAUUUUCUAUGUACUUCAUUCUCACUCAAUAUUGACCUUUUUCGCAUUAUUUAUUUUUAAUAUGAUUGAAAACGAGUCUCUUCAAUUGUAUACAACUGCAUUAAGCUGUAUAAAGCUCCUGGGUCACAUCUAAUUUUCCAAAACUCAUGUUAAUUAUGUUUAUGCCUACUGAUUGUUUUUUUAUGUUUUUUAUUUAUGUUUUGUCAGUGGUAUUGUCCAAAACACAUUAAACAACAGAACAACCCAUUGAGCAGACUGUAAAUCUAACCCAUAGAGCAUCGUUGUCAUGACUGUUAAAAGUUAAGGAUGGCACUACAGUGAAUAAGGUCCCAAAACAUUAAAGGAAUAGUUCACCCAAAAAACGAAAAUUAUCUCAGCAAUUACUCACUCUUAUGCCAUCCCAGAUGAAACAAAGAUUUUUUGAAGAAUAUCUAAGCUCUGUAGGUACAUACAAUACAAGUAAAUGGUAGACAGAACUUUGAAGCUCCAAAAAGUGCAUAAAGGCAGCAUAAAAGUAAUCCAUACAACACUAGUAUUUAAAUCCAUGUCUUCAGAGAUGGUAUGAUAGGUCAUUUUUUCACUCUACCUUUGACCAGCCCUGACUAGUAGGUGGCAAUAUGCACAAAUAAAAAUGUGAAUUGCCACAAAAAAGAAGAAGAAGAAUGUGGAAGUGAAAGUGAAGAUUUACAGGAAAUAUGUUUCUCACCCACACCUCAUAUCACUCAAAAAGAUAUGGAUCAAACCACUGGAGUCAAAUGGAUUAUUCUAUGCUGCCUAAAUGUGCUUCAAAUUUCUGUAUGGACCUACAGAGCUGAGAAAUUCUUCAAAAAUAUUUGUUUGCGUUGUGCAGAAGAAAGAAAGGCAUACACAUCUGGGAUGGCCUGAGGGUGAGUAUAAAUGACAAGAGAAUUGAAAUUUUUGGGUGAAAUAUUCCUUUACAUUUUUUUAUAUUAAAUCUACAUGUUGGUUUCAUGGGAUAUUCAACUAAAAUUGCAGACCAGUCAUAAAGCCUUCCCUUCCAAAGGCUGUUAAAGUAAAUGCUUUCUAUAAUUUUAACAUGUUUCAGAAUGAGUUUUGAUCAUCGAGCAGUUUCUACGCUAAAUAUGACCUCUCAUGCUUCCUUUUGAUAUUGAUCUCAAGUCCCUGAAAAUUACUUUAAUUAGGGUCAAAUGUACACAAAAUGACCAAAAGCAAGCUUGUGCUACUUUUAUGCAUUCUCUGGCUGAUAAAUAUGCAAUAGCCUAGAUUUGAUGGGCUCUAAAUAUCAUUCCAGAUUUUUACUUUCUGUCACAGAAGUUGGAGUAACCAUAGAGGCUACUAAAAACACUGUAACAUGGUAUAACACUUAGAUAUUGUUCUAUUCCCUGAGAGCACAUAGCAUUCAGUAUAAAUCAGGAUGUUUUUGCUCUUUGAAAAUGCACAUUAUGGACUGCAAAUACUUUUUUAUUAAUUUUUUUCAAAGUGUCUUUAAAAAUAUCUGACAAUGCUUUUUGUUUUAUCUGCUUUAUUCCAAGGUGUGUUGUAGCAUAUAAUAGAUUGGGUCAGAACACAUUGUUGUUGUUUUUUCAAAUGUAUAAAUGAAAUUGAAUACAUUAUAAAUAGAUUACAUAAAUUAUACAAAUAGGACUGACUAAUAUAUAAAUAAAAAACAAGCUAGCUAUUUUCUCCAAUACCCUAUGUGAAUAACUUCUGACCAUGUCAGAAUAUGUGCAUGUGCAUAUGUAUGCUUAAUGUACUACAAACAUAAAAACAAUUUUUUUAAUAAAAUGUAUAUUUCUUUUUUUAUCAUUAAAAAAACUAUUAUUCUUGUUGGUAAAUCAGCUGUGGUUCUUUCUGUACGGAAAAUUAUUGUUAGCAUUUGCACAGUGUUGGGAAUAGGAGACAAGACUUGUAUAACCAUAUAUCUGUAUAUUCAGUUUGCAACUUCUCAUAAAGCACAAUUACAAAAUUGUGAUUUAAGUUUUUUAUUAUUAAAAUUGUACUCCUUUGAUAAGACUCAUCAUAAUGGCA